CAACCUUCACGAGAAUGAGGACGUCUGCUUACAUUGCUGUACUGGCGCUGCUGAUGGGCACUGUGACGACUGCCGACGAGCAUGACCGCAGUCACCUAGUCGAAAAGCUGCUGCGCCUCGGCUCUGGACAACUUGCUGAAAAACUGCUACCAGGCCUGAAACUCACUCACGUCGGUGCUGUUAGACCCAUUUCCGGUGACGACCUGGAAGUCAGCAGACUCUCCUUCUCACUGGAUUCUACAACCCAAGAUGUGGAAGGAGUCCUGAGUGACCUUACCAUCUCUGGAAUCUCAUCGCUUAAAGUGAAGAGAACUGGUAGAACCAUCGAAGUUAGCGGAGACAUCAGUAUGGAAGGAAACUACGAGCUGGCCGGCACUGUGAGAGAGGGCCGUCUGGACGGGGCAGGAGCAAUCAGCAUAAGUGCGCCUGGUUUUCAAGCCUCAGCUACUGCAGAUACCACACCGAUUGACGACACCACAGCUAACGUCAACUCUGUGCAGUUAUCAGUGUCUGCACCAUCUGUUACGAUAACUUACGAGAACCUCGUACUGGACAGCUCAGGUGUAGAAGAAUUUCUGAAAGACCUUUUGGAACAUUAAAACAAUGAAAAAGGUUACUGUGCAAAGUGCUACUGGCUGAUCAAAAAGAGGAAUAGCAGAAGAAGGUUUCCCAUCAGAGUUUGGAAAAAUUCUACACUGGUGGUGGAUUGGUGUUCAAGAUCAUGUUCAUACCUCAGACUUCAUACCGUGGCUGUAAUUUCAAUUGCAUGUUGUAAGAAAAUAAAAAUAAAGAUUUAGCAAGUAAAUGAU